GCUGUCCAAAUGUGAAGGGGUCAUAACGGUAAAUAGCUAAGAAAACCCCGUCCUCGCUGGCCUGUGGCCUAGCGCCAAUACGUCACGCAUUUCUUUAUGAAAAACGCUUCAUCAGUAUUGAUUUCAACGUGCUGCUUCAGCUUCUCACUGCUCAGUGCGCAAUUCUCUCUUUCUCGCUCUCCAUCCGAAAGACAAAUUACUUGCAGACAAAUCUCAACUUUCACAGCUCUUUUUUGCUUCCUGUGCUCUCUUUAAUGCUCUCUGUUCAAUGCUUUUUAAAACCACCAUUACAACAUCUUUCUCUUUGUAUCAUUUCCAGAUCUAUUAUUAUACUCUCUAAAUCUAUAUUCUAAUUUUGUAUUUUUCCUAUUGUAAUCACUUCCUAAUUGUCUCCUCUUUGAAUCAAUUCUUUUCCAUCUUUCUGUUUGGCACUAUACAUAGAAUCUUACCAGAAACCUCAUUAUUUUUAUCCAUAUUCAAUUUGUCCCCCAAGUCGAGCCAAAAUUAUGAAAAAGUCUGUGUCUUUGCUGUCCUUUUUUCUUGGGGUUUCUGUUUUUGUUCUCUUUUCCAGUCAUUUUGCGGUUGCCGGAGUGGUUACUUGCUCUGGGAUAGUGCCGAUGAGGUAUAGAAACGAUAACAUAUCGAUAACCGACUUCGGUGGCGUCGGUGAUGGGAUGACCUUGAAUACCAAGGCGUUUAGGGAGGCAAUAUAUCGGAUUCAGCAUUUGAGUAGGAGUGGUGGUACGCUGCUCUAUAUACCCCCUGGUGUCUACUUAACUGGGAGCUUUAAUCUCACUAGCCACAUGACUCUCUACUUGGCUAAAGGUGCCGUUAUUAAGGCCACUCAGGAUUUUUCAAACUGGCCUUUAAUUGCUCCUUUGCCAUCUUAUGGAAGAGGGAGGGAGAGGCCUGGUGGGAGGUAUAUGAGCUUUAUUCAUGGAGAUGGACUUCAUGAUGUGGUAAUCACAGGUGAGAAUGGUACCAUUGAUGGACAAGGAGAUGUCUGGUGGGAAAUGUGGAGGCAGAGAACUCUUCAAUUUACAAGGCCUAAUCUUGUUGAAAUUGUAAAUUCAAGAAGCAUAAUCAUAUCCAAUGUGAUUUUCAAGAACUCUCCCUUUUGGAACAUUCAUCCUGUUUAUUGCAGCAACGUUGUUAUCCAAUUUGUUACCAUCUUGGCCCCACCUGAUUCGCCCAAUACUGAUGGAAUUGAUCCAGAUUCAAGCACUAAUGUAUGCAUAGAGGAUUCAUUCAUUUCUACCGGAGAUGACCUUGUGGCUGUGAAAAGCGGGUGGGAUGAAUAUGGAAUUGCUUACGGUCGUCCAAGCUCUGGCAUCACAAUCCGGCGGGUAACAGGAUCAUCUCCUUUUGCUGGAAUUGCAGUUGGAAGUGAAACCUCUGGUGGGGUGGAGAAUGUCUUAGCAGAAAACAUAAACCUCUACGAUAUGGGAGUUGGAAUACAUGUAAAAACAAACAUUGGCAGAGGAGGGUUCAUCAGAAAUAUCACCAUUUCUGAUGUGUAUAUGGAGAACGUGCGCAAGGGAAUAAAGAUUGCAGGAGAUGUUGGAGACCACCCAGAUGACAAGUUCAACCCAAAUGCUCUUCCAGUUGUUAAGGGCAUCACACUUAAAGGUGUUUGGGGGGAGAAGGUUCAGCAGCCAGGCUCCAUACAAGGCCUGAAGGACUCUCCUUUCACAGGUAUAUGUCUGUCCAACAUCAACCUUCAUGGUGUGCCAGGACCAAGAUCCACUCCAUGGAAGUGCUCUGAUGUAAGUGGUGCUGCUCUUGAGGUAAGCCCAUGGCCUUGUUCUGAGCUUACAACUACACAUCAGGCUGCUGCAUGUUCUGAUCAUAUUUGAUAUCUUCAAUUCUCUUCCCUUUUCUAUUCUGAGUAAGAAAUAUCUUGAAUUUUUCAUUCUUCAAAAUGGACGAAUUCGUUAAUUGUCCUAUAAGUAACUGUACUAUCAAAAUCCUCCUAGGUAGGAUCCCUGGUAACGGAGGAUCAUCUGCAAAAUCCUCGUACCUUGAUCCCCCUAACAACUGCUAUAAUAUUCCAAAUCCAAUCCAUCCACAUUCAAUUUGAAGAGAAGAUUGCAUGUAAUCUAAGGAACAUGUCUAAUUCAAAUAUCCAAGUUGUAUACAACACCUAAAUGGUGCACGUAUAUAUAUUACAAA